ACUCCCAGCAGAACAACUUCACUCAUAUCCAAAACUUUCAAAGAUUUAUAAGCAAUAUAGUUUUCUACAGCCUUAAAUCUUCGCUCUUUUCUCUUAGUAAUCAAACGAUUCGUUUCGAAGACCCUUUUGUAGUUCAUCUCAUUUUCUUGAUAAAUUUGAUACCAUGGCUCCUGAUAUCACUACUACUCUCGCUAACAACGCCACCACUCUUGUGAAGCAAGCUAGCAUAUCAAGUUGUGCUUAUGUUACGUUUUUGGCUGGUGAUGGAGACUACUGGAAGGGUGUUGUGGGGUUAGCCAAGGGGCUAAGGAAGGCCGAAAGUAGGUAUCCACUUGUGGUGGCUAUCUUGCCUGAUGUUCCCGAGGAGCAUCGCAGGAUUCUUGUUUCUCAAGGGUGCAUAGUGAGGGAGAUUGAGCCUGUUCAUCCACCGGAGAACCAGACUCAGUUUGCUAUGGCUUACUAUGUCAUCAACUACUCCAAGCUUCGUAUCUGGGAGUUUGUGGAGUAUAGCAAGAUGAUAUAUCUGGACGGGGACAUCAAAGUAUUUGACAGCAUAGACCACCUGUUUGACAUGCCUGAUGGUUUCUUCUAUGCUGUGAUGGACUGCUUCUGUGAGAAAACAUGGAGCAACAGCCCCCAGAACAAGAUUGUUUACUGCCAACAGUGUCCUGAUAAGGUCCAGUGGCCUGCCGAGAUGGGUCCUAAGCCCCCUCUCUACUUCAAUGCUGGCAUGUUUGUUUAUGAGCCCAAUCUGUCCACAUAUCAUGAUCUCUUGGAGGCCCUCAAAAUCACCCCUCCCACCCUCUUUGCUGAGCAGGACUUCUUGAACAUGUUUUUCAGGGAUGUUUACAAGCCAAUUCCUUCGGCUUACAACCUUGAACUGGCCCUGUUAUGGCGCCAUCCCGAGAACAUUAACCUUGACAAAGUGAAAGUUGUCCAUUAUUGUGCUGCUGGGUCUAAACCGUGGCGGUACACAGGAAAAGAAGAAAACAUGGACAGGGAAGACAUCAAGAUGCUGGUCCAGAAAUGGUGGGACAUUUACAAUGACGAGUCCUUGGAUCACAAGAACACCGUGGUUGCUUCCUCUGGAUCUGAACUGCAACCAAUCUUGGAGGCUCUAUAUGAGGCAGGUGUUGAUCUCCACUUCACCGCCCCCCCCGCUGCUUAAAGCUUAUGGAUUGUGUGGAGCUCGCUAUUAGUAGUAAUUAUUAGUCCAUAGUUUGCUUGCUUGACGAACAUUAUUUAUCUGUGGGGAGCUUUUAUCCCUCGUCUAGUAAUAUAAGAACAUGUUUUUCGGUGUAUACAUGCUCCAUUAUUAAAAAAGGAGCCUAUUAGCAACUAACUAGUUUGUUGCAGAUAAAAUUAAAUCUGCUGCUGAUAAAACUCAGCAAUGGAAUUAGCCUUCUGCAACAUCAUAGGCCAUUAAGUGCUAAUUGCUACAAGUGUAACGGGAUCUAUGUUUAUGAACUGCAUGGUUCC